UUCACCUCGAUUGUUUCCUUCGCUCUGAUCUUUCUUCUUAUUCUAGAGUCUAUGACUCUAUAUACCUAGUCCCUUCACUGACUCUCGGAAUGACCUCCUCCUCGCUCGAUCAAGUCUCUUUUUCCCGCCAAAGCCCGACACAUUCCUUGCCAGUCAUCUUUCUUUCUUUCUUUCUUUUUUUAUUUUUUAUUUUUCACCCGUGGGGUCAGACUCGGAUGCAUUAAUCUUCUCUCUGUAAAUAUAAAGAUCCGUUUGUAAUUUCUGUCCAUCCGUCUCCGUCCCACUCUGAUCUUCUGUCCCGCUCUCGAGCACUACUCCUAAUAUAAGCGUACCCAAAGGCCAUGCUCUUUCCGUGCUGAAAAUCUUCGGAUUAAUUGAGUUUUCCCACUCCGUAAAGAGGAAAGACCUCUCUCUCUCUCUCUCUGUCUUUCUGCAUGCUGUAGUACCACUUCACUUUGUCUCUCUUUCCCAUUCUCACUUCUGUCUGCGCAGAGGCAAUAGAAUCUUGCUGUUUAUCUAAUUUGCUAAUUAAAAGCCUUCACUCUUUUUCCUCUUCGUAUAUUCUAAAUUAAGUAUCGUACUUCUUCUUCACCUCCACCGAUUUGUUCACAUUUACUACUUAUUCUAUGAAGCUUGUCUUUCCUUCGCUUUGAUCACCGAGUGAUCGAAACAAAAAAACUCCCCCCACCUUAAUUCACAGGAUCACAUGUUUCGCUCUACGCUUCUUAGAUGCUUUUGAGAUAACCCAUCUGCUAUCGUCGGAUCUCGCAUCAUCGUCUACGACAAGUACCAUGAUAGGAUUCGACGAGAACAACUUCUAUCAUCACCGCGCCGGCAUGUCCUUGAAGUUCUCAGAGCACAUCUUAACAACGAAAAGUAUUAAUUUCACUCGUGAACGGAAAGCUAUGGCUCCCGGUGACUCUGAACAAAAGCUCAAGCUCGUGAGAAUCAUACAAACCGAUGCCGAGGCUACUGACUCCUCCAGCGACGAGGAACAGGGAGAGAAGAUCGUACGAAGAGUUAAAAGACUUGUCAGAGUGGUCAGCUUCGAGCGGCCGCCACUUGUCUUCAAGACUCAGAAAAAAGAGCCUCCCAGAAAGAGAGCGCCGAAAUCGCGAGCAUCCGUCACCACUCACCGGAAUAAGUUCCGAGGUGUCCGGCAGAGGCCUUGGGGUCGCUGGGCCGCGGAGAUCCGAGACCCGAACCGCAGGAAACGGGUCUGGCUCGGUACCUUCGACACGGCUGAAGAAGCAGCCUCCGCGUACGACAAAGCCGCCAUCCAGCUCAAGGGUCCUAACGCCGUCACCAACUUCCCCAACCCCGUCAUGACGGUAUUGGCGGUGGACGUUGAUACGCCGACUACGGAGAGUCCCGGUUCAUCUGACGCGGCUUCCUCCUCCCCGACUUCGGUCCUCCAUUAUGAUGAACCCAUGCCAUUCGACAGCCUCGGUUACGGCGAUGUCGACGUAUUCGGGUUCAAUAUUGACAUGCCGUUAAGUUGGCCGGACUUUGUGGUUUCCAGAAAGCACGUGAACCAGAAGGAGGAGGAAGACUUUGGCGAGUUCGACGUCGACGACUUCUUGGCGGACGGAGUUUGCUAAAUUCGGACGGAUGGUUUAGUAAUGUCAUCCAACUGCUGUGUCCGAAACAGAGACGUGGCAUGGUUUGAUCGGUGAGCAUACACUGUGACGAGAGUCGAGAGUCAACCAAGAAAGUGGAAGUUGCGAAAGUACCCUCGUUUAUUUUGAUAUUAUAUAAAUAUAUAUAGGUAAAUGAAGGUGCGUGAGUGUUAAUACAUAGAGACUUAGUCGAGUUUAGUACUAAUACGGCGAUUUUUGUCUCGUGUUAAUAAGGUUUUGUUUCUGUUGUAACUGUGAUUACUGAUUCGAUGUAUUUUUUCAUAAAGAGAGUUGCAAAGAGAUAAGUUAGAAGCGAGUGAGGAGGAACCUUGAGAAGAGAUAUCUAGGCCAAGAAGCAUCGAAAAGGAUAUGGGAUUUUUGUUGUGACGAUAUUUGUAGUUGUUGAUGUUUAUUAAUACGAGAAUAUUUAUUACUGUA